GCAGUUGGCUAAUGGUGAUUAGUUUUUUAGAUCAUUGGCUAAAGAAUCUUAGUAUGUGUAAUCUCGGAAAGGGUAUGUGCGUGUACAGUGCGGAGAGCAAACCAUCAGCCUCAAGCAGGUGGCGCCAUUCUUGGACUACUAACAGCAGCGAGGAUUGGGGAAAUGGAAGAAAAGAACUGUGCGGGCCAGAGCAAACCUCUUGGAGCACGAGUCAGUAAAACCAGAGACAAUCCAUCCAGAGAAGUCCCUAAAUUAUGACUUGUGCAAAAGAUUUUCUUUAUGCAUUAAGAGUCGGACAGGUUUUCUUCUACCACCGAUUAAGAGAUGGCUGCCUCGCUUUGGCUCCUGUUGGAAUUGGCUCUGCUCAUCUUUGAAUGUGUGAUGGAUGCCUAAGCUUUAGCUCUGUUCUGACUGCUUUAGCAUCUUCAGCCCAGUGACUGGUGGAAAGCUUGGGACCAGAGAGCUUGCAGGCCAACGACCUGUUGGCAUUUCUCAGUGGGCUGCCAGUCGGCAAUUUCGAGACGCAAAGCGUGGGCAGAGAGGCACUGUAAAGGGGCCGGGCCUGCCCUGCUAUCUUUUCGGCAUCUGGGUGGUGUGGAGGAAGUGAAGAUGUUCUGUGCCUUGUGAUUUGCCAGGCCUCCCGAGGGCUGGAGUGAUAAGAUACAAGAGUCUCUCCUUCUGCAUUUCCAAGACAGGAGACAGAGAGGGCUGUAUAAUGGCAGAGAAGCGGCAUGUGGAAGCCGCGGGAGCCGUGGUUUACAGCAAGCUAUCUCGGUUGGAGACAGAUCCAGGCCAUGUUCUUGCGGCAAGCCUGUGCAGAUCCAGUGUGCUGCCUGGACAUGCCUCUGAUAGCCAUUAUAGCUACAAAGGAACCUAUUUCAGCUACCCGCUGCAAUGCCACGAAACACCCGAGCCGUCAACACACUGGAGUCAUGCCGAGUCCUACAUGCGUUGUGCGGAUGGGGCAAUAAACCAUCAACUCAGGCCAGAGAAAGCACACUGCAUGUUUCACAGGCAUGAAUUAGAGGGCCUUGGGACCUGGAUACAGAACCCCAGCUAUGAUAAGAAUAGGGACUGCAUGGUUGGAGAUACACUAGCUACUCAGGAGAAAUGGGCUAAUUAUACGGGCCACGCGGACUACAUUCAGCAGGGCUGGAUCCAGGGGUACUCAAUGCCACAUUCUGCUCGAGCGCCAACAGGAUGCCCUCCUUUGGCAGUGCCCAAACCGGUGUACCGAAAUCACACUUACUGCGCAGAUGCCAGCUGCAGCCCCAAAGGUUCCGUGGUGUCGGGAACGCUGGCGGGAAGCCCAUCGAAACGGUCGGCGGACACAGAAUGGGCUGUCCCAUCGUCGGGGCAUCCAGUUCAUGCGAGCUGUGGAACUGCUGUGCCCAAAAAGGCCCCAGCUGCAGAAUCGGGUUUCCUGCCGUUACACCAAACCUGGAAAGAUGCGGUUGCCAGUUUUUCACCUUACCAUAAAGCGUUUGAAAAUCUCCAGGUAGCACCAAGUGCCUCGUUGGUGGGCCCAAACUAUCCUGCUGGAUGUAACAGUCAGAAAAGCGUCCCCGUGGAAUAUGCCCGGAGCCCUUGCAAAAAGGCCUGGUCUAAGCUACCUCCUCCUGCCAGCCCACUGGCAGCCCCCCAGGCCCUUAUCUAUCAAGAGGGGUCAUCGUCAUGCUACCCGCUGCCGCCCUACCAGCUCACCUCCCAUGAGCAGAUACUGCUUUAUCAACAAAGCGUAGCCGAGGCUGAGAACCAGAAACCUCUCUUUGCCUCACCAGCUUGCAAAAGCUUUAACUUCCCAGCUAGCGAGGACCCCAAGCUUCUAUCUAGGUCUUACUUCCCAUCAGCACCGAGGAAUUACUAUCCUGGUCAUCUGGACGGCUACUACUACAGGGCGCUUGGCUCCCCUUCAGUGGCCUCUCCUGGUCUUAAAACUUCAAGGGAGCUUGAGUCGCAACAGAAUUCCCAGCCCAAGGCCGCCUUUGAGCAGAGGAACCCUGUCCCGUCAUGCUCCUUGACUGAAAAAGCAUCACGUUGUGGCUCCUUACCCAGCCACAAGGGUGCGCAAGAUUGGCACGGGGCUGACGGUGCUGUGAAGCCAGCGAGCGAUAGUUUUCAGUGUCAGCAGGCAGCUCCCCAAAACCACGCCUUUCCAUUGCCUCAUCCUGUUGAAAGGUUACCUGGCUGCCUCAAUGGCUAUGGGCAAACACAAGAGACCAUCUACGGGUCGGGCCUUUGUCAGAUGGAAAAGGGCCACACGAGGGAGGGGGGGCCUUCAUAUGCAGAGAAGCAGUCCGGUGUGAGUUCUGAAGACAAGAAAGGGGAUAUAAACAUUCACAAAACUCCUCCGUCGGGAACAUGCAUCGUUGUUCCAGACAGUCCUGUCGCAUCACAGGACUCCUGCUUCAAAGGAGAUUUCCUGAGGGCUCGAAUUCCCGAGGGCUCUGGCCAGCGCCUGCAGCCGUCCCCGGAGGAAGAACGGAGGGACGUAAAAAGAGCCGAUGACCCCCCACCUCCUUCCCCGCCCAUGCCAGUGAUCCACAAUGUUUUCAGCCUAGCACCUUACCGUGAAUACCUAGAAGGUUCGGUGGGAUCCGUGCAACUUCUGCCCUCUAAAGAGAAGUCAUGCAAAAGUGCAGAAGGGAAGUCAUCCCCUCGGCCUCCCUCGGCAGGAUUAUCAAAAAUGACCGAGGUGCUGCUAGAUAGGGGGAGAGAAACAUCUGGCAGAAAGGAUCAGAGUGGCAGCUGUACCACGACAGAGAAAGAAAGCAGCGAUUAUGCGAAGCCCAGCAAGCAUUACCCGGCAUGUCAACAUGCGCCGGUAUCUAGCCAGCUGGGUGCAACAGGCUGUGCGAGUGAACCCUCCAAAGACGACCAUGUCUUAGACCUCAGCUUGAAAACAGAAGGAUCGGUGGAUGUGCCCCAUGUUCAGAGGCUGGCUGAAAAGACUGAGGCUCUUGAAAGGGAAAAUGGCAAGAGAAAUGGAAAAGAUGUAAAAGAGGGCCCAGCGAAGGGGCAGGAAGCUAUACGGGAUACAAACUUGACGGCGUUACAGCCACCGCUUAGAAGCAGCUCUGGGAAAAACAGUAAUUUCCAGAGUUCUGCAGCAUUCUUGUACAAAAAAUUCAAGAUCCUGAAAUCUCAUGCCGCAGGGUCAGGCUCUGCUGUGCAACAGAAUUUCUUUUUGUUUCAGUCAAGUUCUCAAAUAGCUAUUUUGCCUAACAACUCUCUGCAACAAGGGUCUGAGCAGGCAGUGACUCAGCAAAAUAGCCCGCCUGUUUGGCAAAGCUGCCAACAGGUGGCGACUCAGCAAAACAGUCUGCCUGUUCAGCAAAGCUGCCAACAGAUGGCGACUCAGCAAAACAGCCUGCCAGUUCAGCAAAGCUUCCGGCAAAUGGUGACUCGGCAAAACAGCCUGCCUGCUCCUCAAGUUGCCCAAAAAAAGUCAGCCCAGCCCUUGCAGCGUAAGUGCCUUAAUAUAAAACAAACAGAUACUUCGAAACUCCUGCCUCCUACUGCCCCAGCUAGCUCUCCCGCUUUGGGAGAGGUCAGCACCUCGCUUCCUCCCAGCUGUGAAUCUCUUACCCUCCAAAAGUCACCCAAGCAGUAUUUCACCGCACUGCAUGCCUCCGUCUGCUCUAUCAUUUCAGAUUCAGUAUCUACCUCCUCUCCAGAGCUGCUCAAGGAAUGGCUUGAAAGAGCAGAGUCCGAGCGAGAGCCAAAGCAGAAGGCAAUGGGCUCGGCCAAGGCCAAGAACGGAUCGAAGGCCUCCGCAGCUCCGAAGCCCUCCAAGAGCAAGGAGGUCUGGCUGGCCUUCAAGGACAUGGCUGUGCUCCUCAACCAGCUGUUGUCUCAGCUGGAGACCUUCUUGUUCACCCGCAAUUGCCCCUUCCCACACGUGGUGAGAGCGGGAACCAUCUUUAUCCCGAUUCACGUGGUGAAGGAGAAACUCUUCGGCAACCUCUCGGGCCCCUCGGUCGACCACGUGCUCCAGGACCACAAGGUGGAGCUGCGCCCCACCACCUUGUCAGAGGAGAAGCUCUUGAGGGAGCUGGAACUGAAAAGCUGUACCUCCCGGAUGCUGAAGCUGCUAGCCUUGAAACAGCUGCCUGAUAUCUACCCCGACCUCCUGGAUCUCUACUGGCAUCACUGCAUCAAGGAACAGCUUGGUGACCCCGUAGAGAAGAUCCAGGACUGGGACGCUGAAGCUACACAGACGGAGGGCUCAGAGGCAGAGGAAGUGACCAGAUGUUUACAGAGCACAACUCAUGAGCUUGGCCUGGGAAUCAGAGGGAAACGCAAGCAAGGCAGAAAAAGUGAAUCGACACCCCAAGGUGGCUCACCUGCGGAGAGCCACCAAGCAGUUGAUGGUCCAAAGUCUCAGGGAUACUCCUCUUCAUGCAAAAGGAAUGCCGCGUUAAUGGAAACGAAGGGGGUGUCUCAGGAAGAGUCUGCCUCUGUGGUUGUGAGGACCAAACACUUCCCGCUUCGCUCUGGUGCUAAAAGACAGUUUUUCCAAGCUUGUCGGCUGUCCAGGACUCUUCAGGUUAAACUGAGCGAUCGGGUCGCCAGGAGGACAAGAAGUACCUCAAAGGGUCUUCACCUCCGGAAGUCUGUUGUCCGUAUCAAAUUCCAGAACACUCUUCCGGAAACACCGGGGCCUCCUGCCCAUGCGGGGAAGAAACGGAAGAGGCCAGCCUCGCUGGUCUUGAAGAGCUUUCAGCGAGGGAGAACAAAAGGGGUGAGAAGCUCUUCUUUAUGCCCCAGAUACCCGGAAUUAGUUGGCAAACGGAUCAGGCACUUGUACGAGGAAAAGGACAAGACCGAGGCCUGGUACCAGGGGGUGGUGUUGAGAGUUCACAAGCGCCACAAAGACCCUCUGAAGACGGUGUAUGAGGUGAAGUACGACAGUGAGCCGGAGUGGCAAUAUUACCUCGAGAUUCUGCAAGAUUACAAGAAAGGCUGGCUGGAGGUGGAUGAAUGAAAUCUGGGCAUCUCCAGAUAACAUUGUCCUCUCUGCAGGGAUGCUGGAAGUGCAGAGAUUCGAUGGUUCAGAAGGCGUAAACCCGCUGUAGGGUUUUUUAGGUUGCCUUUCCAUGUCUCAUGUGGGCCUUAUUCCCUGAACCCUUGUUGGGCUGACUUGAGUUUGAAUAUUUGUUUUGUGGUGGUGCUGCCACCAAUAUGUGCAGGAUUCCACGUGGCUACCAGAAAUUCAGCCAUAAUGUGUGUUUUUGGGGGGGGGGGGCAGCUUUAAAAUAAGGGACUGUUUGGAAGAAGGCCAAAAUGAUCUCAAAAUGGCUGCCCAAGUCCGACACCAAAGUCUGUUGUGUUUUCCUGUUUUAGCGGCAAGUGGCUUUUUGGCCAAAGCUCGUCACUGUGGGCCAGAUCGUAGGUUCUCCAGCUUUCCACGAGGAGUGGACCCACAGUAAGGCAGCAGUAUAUCAGAGUCAAGCUACAAGUGACAUCUGACACAGGUUGGACACUUGUCAGCUUCCCUCAAGUUUUGAUGGGAAAUGUUGGCAUCCUGGUCUUGCAGCUGUA